AAACUGACCAUGUAUUUAGAAUUCACUAUUGAUGUUGUUGACCAGAGCAGUCUCCCACGUCUUUAAUUCCUUUGGAAAUGAUGAUCUAAUGGGCAUAUCAUAAAAACUGUUCAUGUCAAUGGGCACCGUUUUCUUUGCUAUAUCCUGGCAUUUUUGCUUUCAUAUUUUUGUUCCAUAUAGGUAUCUCCCUAGCAGAUGAUCAGCUAAGUCCAUACCAGUCAAUCAAUGGAACCAUGGCCUUGGUAUCUGCCGGAAAAAAGUUUCGGCUUGGUUUCUUCAGUCCCAACAAUUCCAGAAACCAAUACUUGGGAAUAUGGUUUGAAAGCAUCCCAACUCAAACUGUAGUCUGGGUUGCAAACCGCGAUAACCCACUUAAUGAUUCAUCAGGAAUUCUGAAGAUUGGCGAAGAUGGAAAUUUGAUUCUACAAGACUACACACAAAGAGUUGUCUGGUCAACUAAUAUCAAGGAUUCAUCAUCAAAAUCAAGUACUGUUGCACAGCUAUUAGACUCUGGAAAUCUUGUUUUGAGACAUGAAAGCAGAGAUGGCUAUAUCUGGCAAAGCUUUGAUCAUCCUUCUGAUACCCUGCUAGCAGGAAUGAAGCUAGGAAAGGACUUGAAAAAUGGUCUGGACAGGUAUUUGACAUCGUGGAAGAGUGCAGAUGACCCUGCUCCAGGAGAACUUACCUAUGGCAUCGAUUCUCGUGGGUUUCCACAAUUUGUCUUGCAGAAGGGCACUAUCAAGAAGUUCCGAAGCGAGCUGUUGAAUGGUGAGCAGUUCAGCGGACAACAUUUUCUACCCGACCUUCCCAUCAUUCCCAAGUUCAUCACAAAUUCAAAAGAGAUGUAUUAUGAGUAUGAUAUCAAGAAUGAAUCUAUUCUUACAAGGUAUGUCUUAACUUUUUGGGGUUCACUCCAACGUUAUGUAUGGAACAAUGGUGGCCUUGAAUGGAUUGCCAUGCAUGGUGUGCCUAGCGACACAUGUGAUAAUUAUGGCCAGUGUGGUUCAAAUAGUAUUUGCACAACCAGUGAUACUAGGAUUUGCAGCUGUUUGACUGGAUAUGUACCCAGAGUAGAACAAGAUUGGGAGACGCUGAUUUGGUCUGGUGGGUGUGUUAGGAAACAGCCAUUGAAUUGUUCCAAAGGAGAGGGAUUUAUAGAGAUGAAGGGUAUAAAAAUCCCCGAUUUAUUGCAGUUUUGGAUCAACACCGGUAUGAGCCUUGAGGAUUGUAAAAUGGAGUGCUUGAAGAAUUGUUCUUGUUCAGCUUAUGCUAAUUCACAAGUUACUGGAGGGGGAAAUGGUUGCUUGCUGUGGUAUGGGGACCUGCUUGAUAUCAAGCGUAUCAUAGAACUUGGUAAUCAAAAACUUUACAUACGGGUCACAGCUUCGGAGCUAGAUUCCAAGAAGAUCAAGCCACUAAAGUUGGUGGUGAUUGUCGUAUCAGUAGCUAUAGUAAUGCUUCUUGUUGCUUCUUGCAUAAUAUGGAAGAGGAAAGCACAAAGACAAGACUCUCAAGCUAGAGAUGAAGAAAACAUGGAAUUACCAAUUUUCAAUAUGAUCACCAUUGCGGAAGCAACCAACAAUUUUUCGGAUUCAAAUAAGAUUGGAGAGGGUGGCUUUGGACCCGUAUACAAGGGUCAGCUAGCAACUAGACAAGAGAUAGCAGUCAAGAGGCUUUCAGAGAAUUCAAAACAAGGACUCCAAGAAUUUAAAAACGAGGUUAUAUUAAUUGCAAAACUACAACAUCGAAAUCUUGUGAGGCUUUUGGGAUGCUGCAUUCAAGGAGAAGAGAGAAUAUUAAUAUAUGAGUAUAUGCCCAAUGGAAGCUUGAACUCCUUUAUUUUUGGUGGUCCAAAUGAUGCAAGUAAAUCUCUUUCAUGGAAGAGGCGCUUUAAUAUUAUCGUGGGGAUUGCUCGAGGGCUUCUUUAUCUUCAUCGGGAUUCAAGAUUGAGGAUUAUUCACAGGGAUCUUAAAGCCAGCAAUGUGCUACUAGACAAUGAUAUGAAUCCUAAAAUCUCAGAUUUUGGCAUUGCUAGAGCUUUUGCAGGAGACCAAUUACUAGACAAAACUAGAAGGGUGGUUGGAACUUAUGGUUACAUGUCUCCGGAAUAUGUCAUCGAUGGCCUCAUUUCCAUGAAAUCAGAUGUCUUUAGUUUUGGAGUGCUAGUUUUGGAAAUAGUGAGUGGAAAAAGGAACAGACAGUUCCAUCAUUCAGACCAUGACCACAACCUUCUUGGACAUUCAUGGAAAUUACUUAUUGAAGGGAGGGCCACUGAGCUAAUAGAUCCACAAAUGGAGGAUUCAUUUCCAAUAUGUGAAGUACUAAGAUGCAUACAGAUCGGCCUCUUGUGUGUGCAGCAACGCCCCGAAGAUAGACCAACGAUGUCCUUUGUGGUCUCAUUGUUUGAUAGUGAGGGUACAAUGUUUCCCCAGCCUAAGCAACCUGGUUUCUACUCGGAUAGAAGCCCUUGUGAGACAGAGUCUCAGGUAAAGGAAAGAACUUGUACGAUAAAUAAGAUGACCAUUUCUAUAGCAGAGGGUCGGUAGAAGUAACUUAUAAAACGACCCACAUAUUUAUUAGGAGGCAUAAAAAGUGAAUACAAAUUAUUCCUUCCACCACUUUUUUUUAAAACCCUUAUGUUUGUCUUUAAUAUUGAUAUGGUAUUUAAGUAGGCUCACAUAUAAAUAUAUUUUAGUGUGAUAGGAUGGUAGGCUCGGUAAGUUAUUUAUUUUUGGAAUAUUUUUGUAGUCUCUUUCAUCCGCGAGCUUCUUAUGACACAACAAACAAUUGGAAUAAGAAAAGGUUCGAACUUAGUGGUAGUCUUUCACCUUCUAAAGUGUUCACAUGUUGACGAGUUCACAGUUCAAAACUUCAAAUGCCGGAAGGUUUCAAUGUGGUCGUGCCAGAGUCGAGGUCCACCCAAAAGUGUUUAAUUAUUCCAAUCUUUGGCGAGUUGAACAGCCAAGUUAUCAGGGGAGUGAGAGUUAGAAUGACCUAGAGUGCUAAAGAAGAUUGUUAUUGGUU